AUGGAGUCUGUAGACCAUAUCUAUUAUAGACCACAUCUGCAGAAGAACAGGCGGAACAAACAUUUGCAAUCUGCAAGAAGAAGACUGCAAGAAGAUUUGUUUUUUAAGGUUUGCAGUUUGCAAGAAGACUACUAUUUGUUUUUAAGGUCUGUAGACUGGAAUCUGCGGACCACAUCUGCAGAAGAAGAGGUGGACCAAACGUUUGUAAUAUGCAAGAAGAAGACUGCUUGUUUUUUAAGGUCUGCAGAUUGGAGUCUACGGACCACAUCUGUAAAAGAAGGGGUGGACCAAACAUCUGCAGUUUGCAAGAAGAAGAAUGUUUGUUUUUUAAGGUCUUCAGACUGGACUAAGCGGACAACAUCUACAGAAGAAGAGGUGGAUCAAACGUUUGCAUUUCGCAAGAAGACUGUUUGUUUUUUAAGGUCAACAGACUGCUAA